UAAUUGUUGUGAUAAACUUAUUAAAUAGAUAAUAUGCCUCUAUUUGGAAAUCAAACAUCACCACUGGAAGCUGACAUUGAAAAAGCGACCGGAGAAGGACUCGUGGCAGAAAACUGGGCGUUGAACUUUGAAAUAUGCGACAAAUUGAACAGUUCUGGCGAAAAAGGGUGCAAGGAAGCUGUCAAGUUAAUGGUGAAGAGAUUGCUCAAUAAAAAUCCACGAGUCGUCUACCACACACUAGUUCUGAUGGAAACCUGUGGAAAGAACUGUGGACGUGAGUUUCUGCUCAAUGUUUCCACGCGGGAAUUUUGCCAAGAAAUACAGAGUCUUCUGAACAAAGUGGGCCAACAGCCGAAGAUUAAAAACAAAAUUCUUUAUCUGGUGGAAUCGUGGCACAAACAGUAUGCGAGUGAUCCUCAAUUUGGCAUGAUCUCGGAGCUCUACUUGAAAUUUAAGGAGGAUCCAACCAUCGUUUUUCCUGACGCCGCUACAAUUGCAGCGGAUGCGGCUGGCUCUUCGUCAUCAUCUCUGAUCUCGACAGCUGAAGUUAUCCAACAGCAACAAACUCCCAAAAGCAAAUCGUCCAAAAUGAACAACACCUCCAAUGCUGGUAGGACUGUCAAAAAAGAACAGGAUGACCUCGCAAAAGCGAUUGCGCUUUCGCUCAAAGAAUCAACUCAAACGUACACCGCUCCACAGACGAUUCCUUCAGCGCCGGUAGCCUCGAACGGAACUUCAUUGGGACUGUCUUUGGGCUCUGCCAAUUUGGACAAAGUGGCCCAACUUGGAGCUCCAUCAGAGACACGGAAAGUACGUGCCCUGUAUGACUUCGAAGCUGUGGAAAGCAAUGAACUCACUUUCAAGGCUGGCGAAGUCAUUAUUCUGCACGAUGACAGUGAUGAAAAUUGGUGGAGGGGAGAGAAUCAUCGAGGAAGUGGGCUGUUUCCUGCUCAUUUUGUAACAAAAGAUCUUGACGCUCCUGUACCAGGCGAAGAGAGCUAUGACGAAAAAGCAUCUGGAAAGAAGCAGGGGCUUUCUGGCACGGUGGUGUUCCAGGAUGAGGUGAAAGUGAUCGAAUUCAACAGUGAGCCAGACACUUCUGUUGCUGCCUUGGAGAUCAACGCCGAGAAAAUAUCGAGAGUGCAGCAGUUUUUAGACACUGCAGACCCUACCGGCUCUACUCCAGAUCCGCUGGAGAUGCUGUCUUUAGAGCAUGAAUGCUAUGCUAUGGGACCCUUGAUAGACGAGCAGUUACACCAAUUAGACCUGGAACAUGUGAAAUUGUCCGAGCUAAAUAAAAAUGUGAUUGAUGCCUUGAACAUGUACCACAAACUCAUGGCGGAGAGUCCAGCCCCCGUGGGAUUCCAAAUGCCAUCAAUGCAACAUCCUAUGGGUAUGUAUGGACAAGCAGGAGGAAACAUGGUGCAGUUGAAUGGACAGGCUAUGUACGCUCCAGGCCAGCAGAUGUCCAUGGUCGCAAAUGGAUCUUACUAUGCCCAAAACCAACAACCCAUGAACCACACCACUCCCAACCCAGGACAACCGGAGUCGAAUGCCGAUAUCUCGAGCACUGCUAAAAUGUCCUUCCAAAAUAUGGGCAACAUUCCUCAAGGUGAUUACGGAGUUGCUCAGCCAAAUGGAGGAUAUCCCCAAGGCAUGCACGCGAGCCACUUCACUCCUAUAAGCAAUGGUUCGCUGCCUCCUCAACAGCCCCAAUCUCAGUCGUAUGGUUCUACCAUGGCUGGGGCUCAGGCACACUUGCAGCCGCAUAUGAUUUACUCUCCUCCUCCGUCGUCUCAAUAUGGAAGCCUAGACCCAAGCUCAAUCAACUAUAGUGGGGCUGUUCAUUAUGCGGCAAACACAGGACAAGCCACUCAGCAAAUGCAGGUGUUAAAUUUUACGGUGGUCAUGAAUAGUUUAGCGAAUGGCACAGUUCGCUUUGAAGACAGUGUGCGCAAUGAUGGUACAUUUGCAGAUGAGAGUCGUCUGAUAUCUUUAGCGCCAGUUGAUCCAUUCUUCCCCUCAAACGUCUCUCUAAAUUCGGCUCAGGAGCACGCUAUUAAUGACCACACUCUGAUAAACUCAUCCUCGCCCCUCAUCCACGAUGGAAGUGAGCUGAACAAGACAAAUGUCAUUAAAGCUAUUAUGGAGCAGAACAGGAUCCUAACGGAGAGAGUGAAUGAUAUCCACCACUGGAGAAGUCAGACGUCUCUUGGCUCGAUGGGAAAUAAUGUCUCCUAUAAGCGUGGAAUGGGCGACUGCUGUUACUCAUGUGCAGAAAAAGAAAACAAAAUCCAAGAUCUCUCCAAAACAUUAGGAAAGACUGAAUGUGAAAUGCAAGAGUUGCACCAGUUCAUAUCUCAGAUGAAACAAGACACAACGGUGGAGAGACACAAGAGUCAUCAAACUGUAGAAGAGCUGAGAUCGUUGCUGCUCUCACUCGAAUCACAAGUGCAGGAAUUGAGCGAAAAGAACCGUAGUCUGUUGAAGGAAGGAGAGAAAUUUAAAGCUUACAAAGCGACUUUGCCAACGAAAGCCGACCACACGAAACUGAAGCACGAGCUAGAUGUCGAAAAGGACAAAAAGGAAAGACUCAAGGAAAAACUAAUUUCAACCAAUAAGCAGCUUGUGAGCUCUCGUGCGGUAGAAAAGGCUAAUCAAGUUCUCUUGGCCGAAAGAAGCAAAGAAAUCGAAGACUUGAGAGCGGAGUUGGCCAAAAAUGUUGAAAAUGUGCGUAUUUUGGAAAACUUCUGUCGGGCUGACGCCAACAACAGUUUCUACGACGAAAACUCAGAAUUGCCCCACGUUGUUAUUGCAAAUUUGAAGCGGGAAGUAUCCGAGUUGACGGCCGAAUUGACUAAGUAUAAAAAGUUAGGAAAAACGCAAAGAGCAGCCUUAAAAGCUGAAAACACGAGACAUGAAAAGGAAACUGCAGAAUUGAAGACAGAGAUGAAUACUGCAAAUGAACAAAUAGAGCAGUUAAUUGCUCAGCUUAAAGAAUUAAAAUUAGAGUACAAACUAUUGAAAACUAGUUUCGAGGAAGUAACACAAGAUAAUGUUUUUCUAAAACAAGAAAACGAGAAUCUGGUAUCAGAAAACCAAGAGCUGAAGAGUCUAGAACUUUCUGAAAAGUAUAAAACGAACAAAGUGGUGGCAAAACAGCUUGAAAAUUGUCAUAGACAAAUGCGGGAAAUUUUUUCAAUUUUAGACAAAUUUAAAUCCAAUAGCGACGUUGACCUUUCUUUCAUAAUCGGAGCAGCCGAGCACCAUUUUGAGAAUGAAGCAGUUAAAUCGACAGUACCUAUUGGCGAACGUGUGAACGAGUUACAAAGGGACCUGAAGAUUUUCAGGGAGGAAAUAAAUGACAAGGCAGCCUCGGUUGUUGGGUCUGACUGCCAGAUUCAGUGAAACUGUCCAAAACUGUUUGAUUGAAUUUGAGUUUAUUUUUGGAUGAGUGCAGCUGAAAGCAAAAGAGUGAUCAAAUUUAUUAGUUUGCAAUUAUUAGAAAGGCAAUCUUGUCAGAGCUCGUUUUUGAUCGCAUUGAUCACAACUCAAAUGAUUUAGAGCGAUUGAUAGGCAAUGGAAUUCUGUUCAGCAUCACUUUUCUAGAGUUUGAAUAAACUGUUUGGUUUUCACACCAGGUAGACCGCUCGCUCUUGUCUUGUUCCUUACUUAAUCUGUUCUUGUUUACCGAUUCAAAGGUUAUCUGACUGAUGUUAAGAAGCCCUACAGCUUUCCAUGUAAUGAUGCUUGUACGGACUUAGUGCCUCGUUAAAACUUGGUAAGUUAUAGAUGUUCUGUAGCUAGUUGAUAUUUUGCUAAUGGUGAUAAAUGUUCUAAUUAUUCAUAUUGUCUUCCCGAAUUUAAUUGAUUCAAGUUUUCGAUACA